AUGGGCGUUAGUACCGUCAGCCCGGAAAAAUGCUCUCAGAAAAAUGAAAAAAAGCCGAAAUUCCGGAAAAACAUCGGAGAUUAUUUCACAGAAUAUACAGAAAAUACCGGAAUACAUGGAGUGAAAUAUCUGGGAGAGCAAAACAGGACAAUCGCUGAAAAGAUUUUUUGGCUCAUUUCACUCUCAAUUGCGCUCUACUUUUGCAUCUCUUUAAUAAUCCGCACUUAUCACAAAUGGGAAACGUCACCAGUGAUUGUGAGUUUUGCAACGAAGGAAACGCCAAUUUGGCAAAUCCCGUUUCCGGCAGUCACUAUUUGCCCGGAAACGAAAUCUCGCCCGGAACUUUUCAACUACACGGAGUUUUUGUUCCGGAAAAUCGACAAAAAGCACAUCAACCCGGAAAAGGAGAAAAAAUUGUCGUACAUUUCAUUUCUUUGCACCUAUCGUCGCGAUUUGGUCUUUGAUGUUCCCGAGUUUGUCGAUUCGGCCAAAUUGUUUGAUUUUUUCGAAAGUGUAUCUCCACGAUUUUUGGAAAAUAUCUCCGAUUGUUACUACAUGGGGGAUCCUUACAAUUGUUCGGAGAUUUUUACUCCUGUGAUCACCGAUGAGGGGCUUUGCUACUCUUUUAAUUUGCUGAAUCGUGACGACAUCUUAUCAGAUAACGUGGUGCACUACAAAAAUUAUCAUUUGAUCGAGCGAAAUAAGACAGAGUGGUCCCUCGAAAAGGGUUAUGAUAAAUCAGCUGAUAAGAAUACUUAUCCCAAGAGGGCCCUCCAUGCUGGGGCUUUAUUCGACUUUGAACUAAAACUAAAAACGUUUGAUAACGACUUGGAUUUCACUUGUGGGACCUCAAUUCAAGGAUACAAGAUUCAAAUCCACCACCCGGCGAUGCUCCCCCGAGUCAAACAACAACACUUUCGCAUCCCCCUCGACCAGGCCCUCAUCGCUGCAAUAAUGCCAACCAUGAUAACAACUUCGGAAGCCAUCAAGGCUUACCAACCUGACCGUCGCCAGUGCUUUUUCCCCUCGGAAAGAAGCUUGAAAUAUUUCAAAAUUUACACUCAACAAAACUGUCAAAUUGAGUGCAAAACCAACUACACACUCAAAAUGUGCGGUUGCGUCGAUUUUUACAUGCCGAGGGAAAACGACACUAAGGUCUGUGGUGCCCCUUUGAAGGCCUGCAUGGUCGAAGCCGAGGAUGUGCUCCUGUCGGAGGGAAUCAACGAGAGUAUCCGCCACCACAAAGGCCUCCCUCUUGAAAACGACGAGUUUCACCAAAUCGUGCAAAAGUGCAAUUGCAUGCCUGAGUGCACUUCCAUGACUUACAUUGUUGAAAACUCGCAAUCGGAUUGGGAUUGGGUCCGGAAGUAUCAAUUCAAUUCAACAAAAAUCGAUAAAACAACGACCCACAUGUCGUAUCUUCAGGUUUUUUUCAAAGGCAACCAGUUUAUUACAUCUGAGAGAAACGAACUGUACGGGCCUACUGAUUUUUUGGCGAAUUUUGGCGGUCUUUUGGGCUUAUUUACCGGAUUUACGAUGUUGUCGUUAAUUGAAAUUUUCUAUUAUUUGACUUUGAGGAUUGUGUGCAAUGUUAGAUUGUUUGGAGCCAGGUUUUGGGCCGGAAAACACAACGUCCGAUUCGUCAAGUCGCCCAAAAAGAAAAAGUUCCCCGGUUUUCGCAAAAAUAUCUACGAUUAUUUCACCGAGUUUUCGAGCAAUACGGGAAUCCAUGGGUUCAAAUACAUGGGAGAGCAGGAACGAUGUUUCAUCGAAAAGCUGUAUUGGUUGGUUUUGUUCGCAAUUUCGCUCUACAUUUGCGUGAGUUUGAUAAUUCAAACGUGGAUCAAGUGGGACCAAUCGCCCGUUUUGGUGAGUUUUGCCCAAAGCCCGACCCCUGUGUGGCAAGUGCCCUUUCCCGCCAUCACCAUAUGUUCGGAGACCAAGGCCAGACAAAGGGUCUACAAUUUUACUUAUUACUACCACCAAGUUAUCGACCAAUUGACCACGGGGGAGGGCAAUCUGACCCAGGAAGAAUUGAACAGGUUCGCCGAAAGUUCGCUCAUCUGUGAUAACCAUCUCUACCAACAGGGGAACAAAACUACCAGUUUUGAAACCAUCGAAUAUUUAAUGAGUAUUGCACCCCCGUUUGAGGAAGUCUUCUUCGGUUGUAAAUGGACGAGUUUGAAUGAGACUUGCAGUAAUUUUUUUUCUCCAAUGCUGACGGAAGAUGGGAUGUGCUUCACUUUUAAUAUGCUGGAUAGGAGCGAGCUGUUCACAAAUGCUGUCUACCUCCACGGCGAUUACAUGGGCCACGACAAGCGCUCCGAAGGCUGGAGUCUGGAAAACGGCUAUCCGAAAACCACCGGAAAAGACACUUUUCCGCGUCGUGCCAUGUCCGCCGGGUCGAAAGCCGGUCUUUUCCUCCUCCUUCGAGCCUACGAACAGGACUUAGACUACGUGUGUCGUGGACCCGUCCAAGGCUUCAAAGUCCUCCUCCACCACCCUGCAGAAGUCCCCCGAGUGGGCACCCAGUACUUCCGCGCCCCUCUCAACCAGGAAAUCGUGGUGGCCGUCAAACCCGACAUGAUGACAACAUCACAAGGAUUAAGAAAUUACGAUCCUCAUCGAAGACAAUGUUUCUUCGCUGAAGAACGCCAACUGCAAUUUUUCCAAAAUUAUACGCAACAGAAUUGUCAAGUGGAAUGUGUGGCGAAUUUCACUCUGGCGAAAUGUGGAUGUGUCGCUUUUCAUAUGCCACAUGCGGAAUCGACGAAAAUUUGCGGUUCGGGCAGCAAUAUGUGUAUUUUCGAAGCUGAACAGGAAUUACUAGCUCGGGAAGUCGAGUCCGGGCUUUCACGUUACGAUAACAACGAUGAUGAUAAUUUACCAACAAACUGUGAUUGUUUACCGGCUUGCACCUCAAUUACUUAUAAUGCCGAAACGUCGCAAGCUGAUUUUAAUUGGCCCAAAGUUUUUCAGGCUUUCAAGGCGAAUUUCAGCGAAUAUCCAGGAAUUUGUGGUGGCAGUGAACGAGGUGAUCUCGAACUCACCGACAAAGCGGAUUAUGUGAAGAAUGAAGAAGGUAAAAGGAGUUACACUUGUGGUCAAAAUUUCAUCAAUUAUGUUGUGGAGUUUUGCAAUAAUGGGACAAUACAUGGAAUUCGGUACUUCGGGGAGUACCGCACUUGGAUCGAGAAAUUAUGGUGGGCCAUAAGUAUUUGUUUAUCACUGUAUUUUUGCGUAACUUUAAUCAUCCAAACGUACAUAAAAUGGGAAACUUCUCCAGUAAUUGUGAGUUUUGCGACAAAGGAAACGGCCGUUUGGCAAAUCCCGUUUCCGGCUGUCACAAUUUGUCCCGAGUCCAAAACAAGGGCUUCCGUCUUCAACUACACUUACUACUUGCAUAAAAAACAAGACAAUGAAGUCCUAAGUGAAGAAGAGGAGCGAAAAUUCGGCUACUUGUCGUUCAUUUGUGACACGAAAUUCGACAUUGAGUACAAAUCCCCGAAAUUCGCCGAUGAAGAAAUGCUGGAAUUUUUUGAACAAGUCCAACCGAAAUUUCUCGAGGACUCCUUCGACUGUAAAUUCCUGGGAAUUGCAUACAAUUGUUCCGAAUUAUUCGUCCCAAUUUUGACCGAUGAUGGAAUUUGCUACACUUUUAACAUCGUUGAUAGGACGCAACUUUUGAGCGAUAUAGUGGUUCAUUAUAAAAACUUCCAAAAAACGCAAGUUUCGCACGACUGGAAUUUGGAACAGGGCUACGCCCCGACGGCUGGGAUUGACGCCUACCCUCGAAGGGCCCUCCGGGCCGGGAUCCCAUACGCCCUUGAGAUCAAAAUGGCCGUCCACGUGGACGAUUUGGACUACACGUGUGGGACUGACGUGAAAGGGUUCAAAGUCCAAAUCGCUCAUCCUCAAAGGAUGCCUCGAGUCAAACAACAGCAUUUUAUCGUGCCUUUGGAACGCGUGGCCAAAGCCGGGAUUGCCCCUGACAUGAUGGCGACCUCGGUCGAGGUCAAGGAGUACAAACCAAGGAAACGCAACUGUCAUUUCCCCUCAGAAAGGGGGUUGAAAUAUUUUAAAAAAUACAGUCAGAAUAAUUGUGCAAUUGAGUGUUGGGCGAAUUUUACCAUGAGUCGUUGUGGAUGUGUCCCGUUUUAUGUGCCACGGGAGGCGAGUGUGCCCUUGUGUGGGGCCGGGAGUCUGCAUUGCCUGGAGGAGGCCCAAAAAUACCAGUUUCGGGCCAAUCUUGAGAAAAAAAUCAACGCUUUACAAAAUAAAAAAACGCAUAGUGAUGUCCCCGAUUGUCGUUGUUUCCCCAUUUGCACUUCUAUGUAUUACGACGUGGAAAACACCCAAGCCACCUGGGAUUGGAGGACGACUUAUAAAUACAACAAACAUAAACGUAUCGAUAUCAACGAUAAAAAUGGUUUUGGUUCCAGGAAACGCAUGUCAAUGUUACAAGUUUUUUUCAAAGGAAAUCAAUUUAUUUAUUCAGAGAGAAAUGAAUUGUAUGGAUCGACCGAUUUGUUGGCCAAUGUUGGAGGUUUGCUGGGGUUGUUUGUAGGAUUUUCAGCGUUGAGUCUUGUUGAGAUUGUUUACUAUUUGACUUUGAGAAUCAUUUGCAAUAUUGUAAUGUUUGGGCGGAGAAAUUGGUCAGGAACUGCUAACUAAGUUUUUAUAAAAUAAUUUGAAUAAAAAGUGGAGCUUG